AUGUCACACUCUGACACUUCUCCCUCUGGGGACAAUAAUCAAUCAAAUAAUGGAACAGACAUCGACACUAAUGAAGCAAAGCAAGAGGAGACAAGCCCGCAAUUACCACAGGAAGAUGCAAAGAUAGCAGACAUUGGCUCCAGUAUACCAUUUGCGAGCGAUGAAGACAACAAUCCGUUCAAUCACCAGGCUGAGCCCAGUUUGGAUUUGGAUGACGAAGAUUCACUUCUUCUAUACAACUCUAACGAUAAAAACAAUGACAAUAACGAUAAAAAACUCGAUAAAAAUAAUAGUAAUAAUAUCAGCAAUGGCAAUGGUAAAGAGAACAAUGGUAAUAUCACUACUGGAAAAGAUAACAACAAUGGUAAUGCUAAUGAUACUAUGGGUGGUACUUUAUCUAACUUGGGAUCUCUCGCAGGGUUCAACACGGUUCACAUAGAUGUAGAGUCACGGGUUUCAAAACUACUCAGACCCACUCGUAGAGUUAAGGUUCAGAUCACCGAGGCUGGGAACUCCAACGAAGGAAGUGCCAAUUCGCUGAAGAAAUACGUGGUCUAUACCAUCAAGUUGAUAAACGUUGACGACGUAAGUGACGAGAUUCUAACUCGUAGAAGGUAUAGCGACUUCGAGUCGUUACGAGAUGUUCUCACAAAGAUCUUUCCAUUGGUGAUCAUACCUCCAAUUCCACCGAAGAACUAUAUCAACUUGACGAUUCUCAACGGUUUGGUAGGUGGACAGUCUCAGAACGGGAACUCACCUCAUUCUUCCGCUUCUUCUGGAGACCAUUCCACUACGGGCAAAGCUUACUCGUAUAUCAACUCAACUCACUUGAGUAAGAAUAAACUCAUAGAGCAUCGUAAACGUCUUCUUGGUAACUUUCUUAACAAUUGCUUGUCUAUUCCCCAGAUAAGGAAUUUGGAUUUCUUUGCCAAGUUCUUGGAUCCGAACGCCAAUUGGGUAGAUGAAGUCUCAUUGAUUACGAGCCAAUUACCGAAAUCAAUAUAUAAUCUGAAUCCUGAGAACGGACUUAAAUCAGAACCGAUCUAUGCAAGUUUGCCCAAUCCCAGCAAUAGCCACGGUAUGUCUUUUUUCAAAGAUAAUAAGAAGAAAAUCGCAAGCAAGACUAAUAAACUACUUGCAAAUGGCGGAAUAACGUCAGACUCAUCAAAUCAGACUGAACAGAGCGUAACUUCUACCACUUCGGAAGACAGAACAGGUAAUUCUACGUAUAUAAUCAACACGUCUACUUUGGAUGACAUCAACAAGAAGAUCAUGGAAAAUUACUUGGGUUUAUCCAACGACUACACGGAGUUAGGAACAAUAUUCAAUACUUUCUCAUUGGCUUUUUCUGAAGCUCCUCGUCAGAAUGGAAAGAAAGUAAGCGCUGAAGAAGAGACAAAGAUCAAUGCCAUAUUCGAUAAGAUUGGCCAGAUCUUUGAUAGAUCUUAUAUAACAAUCAAUGCUCUUUUGAGCGACUUGGAAACUAAAUUCUCUGAGCCUCUAGGUGAGGCCGUACAAUAUUCCACCAUUUUGCAGUUCAUUUCUAAGUAUCAAAGUAGAAAGCUGAAGCAACAGGAUAUGGUGGACUCCGAGAUACGCGAGAAAAGAAAGGAGCUACAGGAACUACUUCGUUCUGGUGAAGAAGCAAACCGCAUCGAUGCUGCUGUCAACUCUCCUACUGGCUCUAAGAACAAGAACUAUGACCUAGAGCCGGCUACUGAAAGACAAAGUGCAUCUCAACCACCAGUAGCCUCAUAUACAUCCAGCAAGUUCAAGUUGUUUCCAAGUAUGAACUCACUCAAAAAGAUUACCCAGUAUGUGAGUGAGAUUAUUGACCAGAACCCCGAAGAAACUAGAAAGCAGCGGGUGCUAUACCUCCAGAAAAAGAUCAAGACGUUUGAAAAGUGUCAGCAGAUAAUGUCUGAAGACGUUUCGUUCAUCACGGACGAGGUCAACAAGAACUUUCACGCAUUCCACACCAAGCAGCUCAAGAUGAUCUUUGACAUCUUGCUCUGCUACAACAGGUUUCUUAUUGGUUGGGCUAAGAAGAACAUUGAUGUCUGGGAAGAGAUCCGCGAGGAGAUCCAAAAUCUAUAG